AUGUCCUCUCAUGCUGGCGCCUUAGAGACCUCGCAAGACGCCAGUAUCUCAGACAGCCGGCAAGGUCGUUCUCGAAAGAAGAGCAAGGGGAAGAGGAAGGGCCGGCAACGUCACUCCAGUCCGUUGCCUCCGCCACCACCCGGGUGGAAGCCUAGGCGCGACGCGCGCGGACGAGGGCUUGAGAAGGCUAUUCUCCAGGCUCGGGAGUAUCAGCGCGACAAGCUGAGGCGCGAAGCUGCCAAGCGUGAGCGCGAGAAGGCCAAGCAUGGCGCUGCGUACUCUGCGCCGCCGUCACCAACGCCCGAGUCUGCUGAGGAGGAUCAGACAUCAUUUCUCGAGACGCAGAUGGAGCAGCUCUCCAUCCCGUGGAAUAUCGAGGGGUACAUCAACGGCGCAGAGAGAAGCAAUAUCACUGAGUUCCAAAGGCUGUCGGGCGCCAAUAUCACCAUCGAGUCGAAUUGGCCACCGGGAGCGCUAGUAGAUGAGCCCGUGCUUACGAUCUUCGGAACAGCUGAUGCGUUUGAGGAGGAAUGCUUCCUCUUGUAUGAACACCUCAUCUUCUUCAUGUCCUCUGCUGGUACACCACCACCAGGCUGCCACUCUUCCAGCACACUCGAAACGGAUAGUCAAGUAUUCACCGUUCGCGCACUAGUGGCCACCACAGAAGCAAGGAUCAUCGCCGGCGACGGUCAUGAGAACAUCCCACAGCUUCAGGAAGAGACUGGGGCCUACAUAACGUUCAGUGAGGCCGUACCCGGUGCUGCAGACCGGAUCGUGUCCGUAUGCGGCUCUGUGAAGGGAGUUGUGAAGGCAUACUCUUUGGUUGCAUUUCAACUCAUCCACGCCAGACUCUGGAGAUCCUGUUCCUCUUCGCCUUCGUCCAUCGCACUACGCGUCCUCGUCCCUCACACCCUCCUAUACAGCGUCACUGGGGGGGAUAGUGUCAACAUCCCAGUCAUCCAGGAGUCCUCGGGUGCGCAGCUUUCCAUACGCAAGGAGACAUUACCGCAGUCUCUAGAGCGCUUGCUGGAGGUGAAUGGCUCUCCGGACACGAUAGGACGCGCGACUGAGCGGAUUUGCG